UACGGUAGACCUGCCGUGCGGUUCCAUCUUCUUCGGUGGAUGGGCUGCGCAGUCGAGGAGCUUCUCAGGUUCCCGGUGACACUGUGGUGAGGAGCGCGGGCUCAUGGGAUACCUGCGUCGCUCUUUGUCCAAGGGCCACAGGAAGCGCUGAUGCUGAAACUCUGACACUCGUGUGGCGGAACAGUCCAACCGCCCCCUGGUUCCACCACUCCGGAUGGGGGGCCGAGGCCGUUGAGCCAGCUGUCCCGGGGGCUGCCGUAGUCCCCCCCGACCCCCCCACAGGAGGGUAACCUGCCCUUCGUUGUUUGCACUUUGCAAUAACCGGUUUCACAAACACCUGGUAAAUGCACGAGAGAGGGAACGGCGACGAAAUCGUGAUGGAUAAGUGUGUACGGAACGGUAGUCGAACCCCUGUCUGCCUCUUUCGCUCGCUUCCCCCCCCGUCUCUCACACACACAGUUUUCACACACAGCAGUUUUGUGGCUUUCGGUGCUCAGGCUGCAGAUAGCAGACUCUUCCUUCCUGCCUGGUGUCCACAUUAGCGUUAGUGCUGUUAGCGCCAUUCUUAGCGCUCUUAGCGGCAGCGGGUCGCCGCUCUCUGCGGGAACUCGGUGCGCGGCUCCCGGGGGUCCGUGCCGGGCUUCCGCAGGGAGGGGGACGAGGUGGCGCCAUGGAGAAACGGGGGUACAAGUUGCGCUGGAGCAAAGUGCUCAGCCAGUACCUGUUCAGGAAGCACCAGGGCCGAGCGCUAACGGCCCCCAGCAAAGCCGUGGACGGUGCCGGCGUGCCGAGUCCUCCGCCCGCCGCGCCCGAGGACGCUCGCUCGUUGACGGAGGAUGACGUCAUCAAGGAGAUCAACAUCACGCACGUGGUGAAGGAGGGCUCCGAGAAGGCCGACGCCGCCCACUUUGAGCUGCUCAAGGUCCUGGGACAGGGCUCCUUCGGCAAGGUGUUCCUGGUGCGGAAGGUCACCCCCCCGGACGACAAUCAGCUGUACGCUAUGAAGGUGCUCAAGAAGGCCACACUGAAAGUCAGGGACCGGGUGCGAACCAAGAUGGAGAGGGACAUCCUGGCGGAAGUGAACCACCCGUUCGUGGUGAAGCUUCACUACGCCUUCCAGACGGAGGGGAAGCUCUACCUGAUCCUGGACUUCCUGCGUGGAGGAGACCUCUUCACCCGGCUCUCCAAGGAGGUCAUGUUCACUGAGGAGGAUGUGAAGUUCUACCUGGCGGAACUGGCCUUGGGCCUCGACCACCUGCACGGUCUGGGCAUCAUCUAUAGGGACCUCAAGCCAGAGAACAUCCUCCUUGAUGAGGAGGGACACAUCAAACUCACAGACUUUGGCCUGUGCAAGGAGGCUAUCGACCACGAGAAGAAGGCCUACUCAUUCUGCGGCACGGUCGAGUACAUGGCCCCCGAGGUGGUGAACCGGCAGGGUCACACCCACAGCGCCGACUGGUGGUCUUUCGGGGUUCUCAUGUUCGAGAUGCUCACGGGGUCGUUGCCCUUCCAAGGAAAGGACCGCAAGGAAACCAUGAACCUCAUUCUCAAGGCCAAGCUCGGCAUGCCCCAGUUCCUGAGCGCGGAGGCCCAGUCCCUGCUGAGGGCGCUGUUCAAGAGGAACCCCGUCAACCGCCUGGGGUCGGGCCUGGACGGCGCGGAAGAGAUCAAGCGGCACAGCUUCUUCUCCACCAUCGACUGGAACAAACUCUUCAGGCGAGAGAUCAAGCCCCCCUUCAAGCCAGCGGUGGCCCGGCCCGACGAUACCUUCUACUUCGACCCCGAGUUUACGUCCCGCACCCCGAAAGACUCCCCCGGGGUCCCCCCCAGCGCCGGAGCCCACCAGCUCUUCCGCGGGUUCAGCUUCGUCGCCCCAGCGAUGCUGGAGGAGGAGGGUUCCGAGGAGCCAGUCCAGCCCACGCCCCAUCCUGUGGUGCAGCAACUGCACGGGAAGAACGUCCUGUUCAGCGACGGCUACGUGGUGAAGGAAGACAUCGGCAUGGGCUCCUACUCCGUGUGCAAGCGCUGCGUCCACAAGGCCACCAACACGGAGUUUGCGGUCAAGGUGAUCGACAAGACCAAGACGGACCCCACAGAGGAGAUCGAGAUCUUACUGCGGUACGGACAGCACCCCAACGUCAUCACCCUGAAAGACGUGUACGACAACGGGAAGCAGGUGUUCCUGGUGACGGAGCUGAUGCGAGGCGGAGAGCUGCUCGACCGCAUCCUCAAACAGAAGUUCUUUUCGGAGCGCGAGGCCAGCGCUGUCCUCUACGCUAUCACCAAGACGGUCGAGUACCUGCACUCGCAGGGGGUGGUCCACCGCGACCUGAAGCCCAGCAACAUCCUGUACGUGGACGAGUCCGGGAACCCCGAGUCGCUGCGUAUCUGCGACUUCGGCUUCGCCAAGCAGCUGCGGGCCGAGAACGGGCUGCUCAUGACGCCCUGCUACACGGCCAACUUCGUGGCGCCGGAGGUGCUGAAGCGUCAGGGCUACGACGAGGGCUGCGACAUCUGGAGUCUGGGGGUCCUGCUCUACACCAUGCUCGCUGGGUUCACCCCCUUCGCCAACGGGCCCGAGGACACACCCGACGAGAUCCUGAGCCGCAUCGGCAGCGGACGCUUCACCAUUCAGGGCGGCAACUGGGACGCCGUGUCGGACGCCGCCAAGGACCUGGUCUCCAAAAUGCUGCAUGUGGACCCUCACCAGCGGCUCACCGCCAAGCAGGUCCUGAAGCACCGGUGGAUGGUGCAACGCGACAAGUUGCCCAACAGCCAGCUGCAGCACCAGGACCCCAAGCUGGUCAAGGGAGCGAUGGCCGCCACCUACUCGGCCUUGAAGAACUCGGUGCCGACGCCGCAGCUGAAGCCCAUCGUGUCGUCCAUCCUGGCGCAGCGGCGGGUGAAGAAGCUGCCCUCCACGUCCCUGUAGGAGCGUCGCCAGGAGCCCUGGGUUCAGGCCAAAGGCACCAGCUGCUUGCAAAGGGCUCCAUCGCCACCGACUCGUGUGUCGGCCAACGGGCGUCAACUGGGCUGUCGAUCUCUGGGCGACGGGCAGCUGGUCUCACGUGGUUGUGGAACUUGCUCAUCAGGGUGUGCGUGCGUGCGUGUGUGUGUGUGUGCGUGCGUGUGACUACGUGCAUGAAUAGCAAGAGGGCCGUGGCGGAGUCGAACGGAGCCGGCUGCCCUCCGGGAGAAGGACGUUUGAGCGACAUCUCGCUCCCGUGUUGACCGUGUCUCUUUCUGCCGUGUUCUUCUCCACUUUCUCCUUCUCUUGUUUGCUGCCAAGUGUGCAUUUCGUUAUUUGGUUUUGCUUUUUUCCCUCCACA